ACAAUGAGUCAGGCUGGUGAAGAAAGUUCCAGUUCCAGUGACACAGAAUUGGAAAUUGAGACGGAGAAACCUAUCUAUGCUCUAGCUCCAACAGUUUAUAGUCAAGAUGAGAGAUCCACUGAUUUAACAGCAAGUCCUGCAUUUCAAUGUUUAGAUGAGCUAUUUUCUGCUGGAAAAAUCACAGGCACCAGAGUAGCUGAGCUGAAGGGAAAGUACACCCUACUGCAUAACGCUGUGAUAAGCUCACAGGAAUCUGAGAUCCAGCUGUUGCAGAAAGCCAAAUGUCUUAGUGUAGAACUGGAACAACAACAACAUGAACUGGAAAAAGCAGAACAGUUCCCUGAAGAAUCUUCAAGUGAAGUCUCCCGAAUAAGGCAACAACUUCUUAGCUGCCAAAAUGAAUACAAUGCUAUUAAAGAAAGAGAGUAUGAAAUUCAGUUCAAGAUGGAAUGUUUGCAGGAAGAAAAAAAGCUUCUUGAAAAUGAAUAUGAAAGAAUUCCUAAACAAAAGGAAAUAAAUAAGAAAAUUAAACAGCUGAAAGAAAACUGUGAUGAGCUCUGCAGAGAAGUAAUCCAAAGGAAAGGAGAAAUUAUUGGAAUAAAGGAAGACAUUUCAUCCAAGCAAAAGUUAAUAGUACUAGAUAAGAAGGAAAUGGAAAAGCUUCUGGAGAAGCAGGCUAAGUUAAAAGAUGAGCUAGUUAAGAUCCUGGGUGUUCCAGUGCAACUUGGAAAAGAAACUGAGAAGAUGAAUCAUAAAAAAAUCGAUGCAGAGAAGAAGAAAGAAGUCCUUAAUGACCAAAUAGAAGAGCUAAAUGGGGUCCUGAAAGCAGCUCGAAAAAGGACUGAAGAGAUUUUGCAAGAAAGAGAAGAUGUCAUGAAGGAAUUGAAUGAGAAACUAAUUUUGCUAGAAAGCAAAGAACAAGAGUGCAUUACUUUGACAAAAUUACUAGACAUUAACAAAGAGAAGGAAUCAUCAGUCCUAUCAGACAGAGAAGCUCUGGAAGAAAAUUUAAAUAAAUGUGUCUUGGAGAAAAAAAUUCAACGUGAUAUUCUGAGUCACAUGCAAAGACAGAAAGACAGAGAACUGAGGAAUUUAAAAAAGCUGGAAUUGCAACUGAAUAUGAUUUAUGAUUCCUUGAAACAAGAUAAGCCACAGCAUAAAAGACUCAAACUAGAGGCAGAAGCUAUCCCUAAAAGUAAUCAAGUAUUAUUAGAAAGACGACAAGAGCUGCAGAAGGAAAUUGAAAUGACCAAGAGAAAUUUAGCUAAACAGGAAAUUACGUCAGAUAUAGAUGCCCACAUGUUAGAAGAAUGUAUUGCUGCAGAAGGCCGGCUUUUCAAAGAGCAGGAGAAAUGCAGAAAUGAGUUAUCCAGACUUGUACAUCUGACAUGGCUCAAACUUGAAGAGAGGGAGCAGAAGUCAAGGAAUGUUCAGAAAGCCAAGAUACAACUCCAAAAUAUUAUUAAAGAAAGAAAAAGAAAAGAUCUUGAAAUAAGAGAGUAUAAAAGGAGGAAAAGAGAAAUCAAAAAACAACUCCAAGGAUUUGCUAAAAUGUAUGAUGCUAUCGAAAAUGAAAGGAAUAAAUGUAUAAAUUUGGUGCAUGUUGCUCAGCAGAAGGCAAGUGAAAUUAAAAAACGGGUAAAAUUGCUAGGAAAUGAAAUAGAAAAUUUAAGGAAUACUCUUAUAACCAAGGAAAGAAAAUUGCAGAAACAACAUCUGAAGAAUAGAAAUAAUGUAGCAAUUACAGACAGUCUCAGAAAUGAUUGCUGCAAAAUUGUACAGAUCAUGCAAGAGAUGAAAGAAAAGAAAAAGCAACAUUGUCUGGAUCUUGAGAGACUUACCACCAUGGUCACCCACAUCGAGGAGGAAAUGGGGCAGCUACACAAAAAAUAUGAAAGGGCUGUUCAGCAACAAACCGAGAGUGGUCUUCUGCUCAGGGAUCGGGAAGAGGAACUCUGCAUUUUGUAUGAAAAGAUAAACAUGCAAGAGAUGUUGUGUAGAAAUGGAGACAUUGAGAUGCAAGUUAUGGAUGAGAAGAUCAGAUUUUUGAAGCUGAAUGUUGCUGAGAAAAAGAGACAAAUUAACUUGUGGUUCAAAAUGCUCCCAGUGAAGAAGUCCCUGGAUGCACAGCUGGUGGUGCUUCAGAUACAGUAUGCCCAGUGCAAGGACAGGAUUAAACAGAUGGAGGAGAUCUUUGCUGAUCCCACAAAUGAGCGUAGAAAGCGAGACUUGGGAGGGAAGGACCCAUCUCCACCUGAGCUGCUAAAAAAGAUUGAGCAGCUAAAGGUGGAGCUGGUGCAGAAGGAGGAGAAGCUGCUGGAGAUAGAUUUGCUGUACGAGCACGUGUCGCGGCUGACAGACAGGAUCAGCGCCACGGCAGAGAGCGGGAGGCACAACACGCUGCUGUUAGCCAAAAGGACAAACGAGCUGCAGAAGAAGAUAAAGGAUAGAACCCAGAAGAUGAUGGCUCUUAUUGCAGAGCUAUCCAUGAGGCAAGCACUUGCCAUUAAACUCCAGCACGAAAUGAGAGACAAAGAACAUUUUUUGAUGAUUGUUUCAUCAAGGAUGGAUCAAGGCCUUCCCCUUCCCCAAGAAAUAGAAAGUGAAUGGUUGAAGAUCUUGCGCAACGAGAAGAUGCGACGAGAAGCAGCUGAAGCCAGAGCUAGACGCGCUGCAGAGGAGGCGGCAGCUGCAGCAGCCGGCGGGGUGUGCUCGGCGGCCCAGUGGCGCCCGACCGCGUACAUCCCUGACGACGACUACAGCCUCCCGCUGCCGCGGCCCUACGGCGCCCUGGCCCCUUUCAAACCACCUGAGCCCAGCUCACACAUGAGACAUUACCGAAAACCCAUCACAAAGCCAAUUGAAAUCUGA